CGAGUUCGUCAGGGAAGCUCAAUCCUCGAGAUACUGUCUAUGAAGCUUCACAGGGACCAUGAGGCUGAUCGUAUAGCGUGUGACGCGUCUGGAGCAACAUGCCUAGAUUGUACGCCGCUCUGCAUACGCGCCGUACUUUGCGACCAAUGACAUAAAGUAUUUAGGCGCCUCGCGCCUGUUGGCUCAGCCUUCUUAAUUAUUAUCCAGCAAAGCUAUUGGGAUGAGCCAAGUCUUACGGAGAAAUAGUUGUUACGCACAACCUCCUGAUUGACUAUCGAAUGGGCUCUCCAAGUAUCGAUGUGCUCUCCACCAUAGAAAUUGCAACAUGAUCAUCGGCUUGAAUGUGCCUCAGAAGGUUGCAACCGUUGGAAGGUCAGCUACGGCGGAACGCAAGACUUUAUUAAACGGAAUGCAUGAGCCAGAUCACUACUAGUAUGUAUAUAACCAUCAUGUGGACAUCAACCAGUUCGAUACCCGAGGUCGGCUACCAGGAUCGAUCAAUAGCGACAACGACACUGCUCCAGUACCUUAGUCGUCCCAGUCCGGAGUUCUCUCUGGUAAGACAAGAUCGAAUUCACGAGCUCGGACCGGCUCGUGAGUCGUAUUUCUGGUUCGAUGUCCGUAACAUAAGCACCUGGUCGGCUUUCAAUACCAACACAUUGAUGAAUACGACACAACUGAAGACAAUCCUUCAUCGCGAGCAACUCUGCAACGGACUUGCAUUAGCUACAACUAAUGUCGAUCUUCCUGUCACGCCGAACCACUUACGCCAACUCCACUACAGCCAUUACGGCAUUAGACUGAACUCGGCGUUGAAAGCAUCGAUGGCUGAGUCUAGCCUACAGAUCUCUAAUGUUCCAGCUGAUGGUUCGUCAAUGCAACCAGACUUCGUCUCCAAACCACCUGGAAGCCAUCAACAAUCUACAUCUCAAUCCUCCAAACGUGGUCGAGUCAUCGGUAUAGUCUUGUGCUAUGAACAGUGGCGUAGCGACAUGCGCAGAUCAGAGAAUCCAACCGAGAAGGUGCGCUAUCUAUCAGGUCUGGCACGCCUGCAGUAUUUCUUGCGCGAGCAUGGCUGUCGCUAUGGCUACAUCAUCACCGAGAUCGAGCUAGUCUGUGUACGCUACGGCGGCGAUGAUAAGAUCUACGAAAUCUCGAGAUCCAGAUCGUCAACUACAUUCGCGGCUACUGUUUCGUCGUUUCCAAUCCCAAUCUUUGGGUAUUUCGAGGUCAGUAAUGCUGUACCGCUAUCCAGACAUACACAAGACGCAGAAAAUGUCAAGAUGACCGCUAGUCUUGCACUCUGGUAUUUGCAUAUGCAGGCAUAUGAUCAACCAUUACCUGGACAUCAUCACUGGAGACUCGAGGUUGGAGGUCCUUCGACAAUGACAAGGAAGAAGCAUCUCUUUAGAGAUUCAGAAUGGAUGCCAAAGAUGGUCCACCAAAGAGAGCAGAGGGAAGCAAACAGGAAGAGAGGGUGGGUCUGGCCGAACGAAGAGUCCAGCAAGGGAAAGGGAAAGGGUAGACGAACCGUUCUGGGGAAGUCAUGAGGUUCAUGAUAGUAAUUGACCUCCUUUGUCAACGGCGCUGAUAAGGCGAACGGACUGGAUAGAUGGUUCUGAGGCGUAGCGUAUAGCCAUUCUCGAGAAGGGUACACCUCAAUGGGACACACCAAUUGACUUGCAUUCGUCUUCUGGACCAUCUAUGAGGCGUGGCCUAAUCCGGUCAUAUUGCUCUGGAAUGCCGCAGUGAAGCCAACCCAAAGUGAGUCAAAACAGGGAAGGGGGGGGGGGGGGGGGGGGGGGGGGGGGGGGGUAUAUAUACUACCAAGAUCCCCUUUACUAUAAGCAGCAACCACCGCCAGCUUGGUCCCGUGGCCCACUCGGUAAGACCCUACCAUCUGGUGGAGCGGUGUU